CUCUGCUCUGCUCUGCUCUGCUCUGCUCUGUUCUGCUUCCCUCUGCUCUGCUCCCCACUGCUCCCCUCUGCUCUGCUGUCUCCAAACGCAUCGACCGAGAUGGCUGUCCGAAGAAUCCAAAAGGAACUUGUCGAUCUCAACAAGAACCCCAUCGAGUUUGCCCACGCCGGCCCCAUCGAUGACAACCUCUUCCACUGGGAAGGACACCUGAUGGGCCCCCGCAAGAGCCCAUACAGCGGCGGCAUCUUUCGACUGAAAAUCGAGUUCCCACAGGAGUUCCCCUUCAAGCCCCCUCAGGUCAAGUUCAUCACCAAGACCUACCAUCCCAACAUUGACGACGAUGGAUCGGUUUGCAUCGCUCUGCUCAAGUCUGAUGUGUGGAAGCCCGCCUCCCGUGUCUCCGAUAUCCUGCUGUCGCUCCAUUUGAUCCUCGAAACACCCAAUCCCGACGAUGCCCUGCAAGGCACCAUCGCUGAGCAGUACAAAACCGACUUUUCCAAGUUUGAAAAAACGGCCAAGGAAUGGACAAAGAAGUACGCCUCUGCUUGAGCCACCCGGGCGUCGGCCAUCUUCCAACCGCUUGGGUGGGCCUUGCGGACACACAUCACCCAUUUGUGUGGUCUUCCUUCAUUGACCUGCGCCUCCGACAAGCCCUGCUUCUCGGCCAGCGUAUUCAGCGAGAUCAGAGCAGGCGCCUCCGCCCCCUCCUUCAGGGACCGUUGUAUUUUGUAUGGGUCCACCCCGAUACCAUGGCAUGCUCCAUCAUUUCCUCGUGUCCGUCACCCCACAUUUUGCGCAUGUGUUCAGUGCUGCUAGCAAACAUCACAAUGAAGCGCUGACAUCCCCAUUUGAGCGCGGCUGCCCCUCGCUCUGGGGUGCUCCGCUACCCAAUUCGCCUCAUAUGCCACCAUCCUGAGGAGCAUAAGACUGAAUGAUAUCCAGAGGUCGUUGUCG